GCAGAUCAUGAAAGCAUGAAUUUUUCAUUCCUGAAUAAGAUUCUAUAAGUAAAUCUGAGCUUUCAAAUCACAACGUUUUAGCAGAGAUAGCGUGGGAACAUUAGGGUGAAAGGAAAGAGCCCAAGUUUCCCGUGCACGCCCACCUGCAGGCAUACAAAAACGCUUCCUUGGGUUCCCGGAAGUCCUUCUAAAUAACUUGUGGGAAAUGUAGUCCCAACCAUUGUGGCGUCAUCAGAAUGAGCUGUCAGCAUCAGGCUUCCGCGUUCUUUCUUCAAACUUCGCUUCUCCUCAUUAUUUGUGCAGUUGUACUUUUGAACACUGCGUUUGGAUCUCUGUCAUGGAGGAUAUGUUGUCAUUCUGUGAUGUGGCUAUGUACUUUUCAGCAGAGGAAUGGGAAUGCUUGGGUCCUGAUCAGUGGAAAUUGUACCGGGAUGUGAUGUUGGAAAAUUACAGCAACCUUGUGUUCUUGGGUCUUGCUUCCUCUAAGCCAUACCUGGUCACAUUACUGGAACAAAUAAAAGACUCUUCAGAUAUGAAGAAACAAGAGGCCAUCACUGUGCACCCAGGGGCAAAAGGCUAUAUGUGCAAAGAAUAUGGCAAAGGCUUUGAACACAAAAACGUGUAUCAGAAUCACCAGAGAACUCAUUUAAGAGUAAAGUCCUACAAGUGUGAAGAAUGUGGCAAGUCCUUCCAUUUUCCAUCAUUAUUUUCUGACCACAAAAGAAAUCAUACAGGAGAAAAAAUCUACAAUUCUGAAAAUUGUGGCAAGAACUUCCAAUAUCCAUCAUUACUUUCUCAAAACAAGAUAGUUCAUACAGGAGAAAAACCUUACAAAUGUGAAGACUGUGGCAAGACCUUCCAUUAUCCAUCAAGACUUUCUGACCAUAAGAAAAUUCAUACAGGAGAGAAACCACACAAAUGUGUAGUAUGUGGCAAGGCCUUCAAUUAUCCAUCAAGACUUUCCAACCAUAAGAGAAUUCAUACAGGAGAAAAACCCUACAACUGUGAAGUUUGUGGCAAAGCUUUUCACGAUCCAUCAAAACUUUCCAGACAUAAGAAAACUCACACGGGAGAAAAACCAUACAAGUGUGAAGUAUGUGGCAAGGACUUCCAUUAUCCAUCAAGACUUUCUAAACACAAGAUAAUUCAUACAGAAGAAAAUCCCUACAAGUGUGGCAUAUGUGGCAAGGCCUUUGAUUAUCCAUCAAGGCUUUCCAACCAUAAGAAAAUUCAUACAGAAGAAAAACCAUACAAGUGUGAAAUAUGUGGGAAUGCCUUCUGUUUUUCAUCAUCACUUCGUAAACACAUGAUAAUUCACACAGGAGAGAAACCCUACAAGUGUGAAGUAUGUGGCAAGGCCUUUGGUUCUCCGUCAAGACUUUCCAAACAUAAGAAAAUUCAUACAGAAGAGAAACCAUACAAGUGUGAAGUAUGUGGAAAGGCCUUCCACUUUCCAUCAUUACUCUCGGUACACAAGAGAAUUCAUACGGGAGAAAAACCCUACAAGUGUGAGAUAUGUGGCAGGGCCUUUCACUGUCCAUCAAUAUUUUCUGUACACAAGAGAAUUCAUACUGGAGAAAAACCCUACAAAUGUGAAGUGUGUGGCCAGGCCUUCAAUAUUUCAUCAAAACUUUCUCAUCACAAGAGAAUUCAUACAAGAGAAAAACCCUACAAAUGUGAAGUUUGUGGCAAGGCCUUUCAUUAUCCAUCAAGACUUUCCAAACAUAAGAAAGUUCAUGCAGGAGGGAAUCCCUACAGUGGUGAAAUAUGUAGCAAGGGCUUCAGUUAUCCAUCAAGACUUUCCAAACAUAAGAAACUUAAUACAGAAGAGAAACUAUAGAAGUGUGAAAUAUGUAGCAAGGCCUUCCAAUAUCCAUCAUUACUUUCUAAACACAAAAUCAUUCAUACAGGAGAAACUGUACAAAGAUGAAGUCUGUGGAAAGGCCUUCCAUUCUCUAUCAAGAUUUUCCAAACAUAAGGAAAUUUAUACAAAAGGAAAGCUAUACAAGGGUGAAGCACAUGGAAAGGCCUUACAUUAUUCAUCUUUACUUUCUAAACACGAUCAUUCAAACAGGAGAGAAUACCUAACAUGGUGAAGUAUGUGGCUUGGAGAGGGGUUUUGAGAGAAUGGAUGUUUGGGAGUGGUGAAAAAAUAACUUGAAUUUAAAUUGUGGGCCCAAGCUAGUAGCCUAUAUUGAGCUCGAGACAGCUUUUGAGACUGCUUUCUGUAUAUUCUGCUCCAGACAGUUCUCUAAGCAGUUCUCGCUUGCUCUUCUGAAAAAUUCUCUGGAUAGGUCAUCUUUUUUAGAUUAAAACCCAGUCUUAUUUACAUGUCAACCCAGCAAUUUAUCCAAGUUCCCUUUUGAUUAUCCCAUGAAUCAGCAUCUCAUAAGCCCAACCCCCUGAUUCUUGGGAGAUUGGAAGCACUUUUCUCAACAUUGCAAAACAAUUCAGACAUCUGCCUGCUCCUGUUAAGCAUAGACAAUAAGCUAGCUGUGUGGAACCUCAUUCUGAGAUUGCCAUUCCUACCACAACCAGGCCUAACCUUGCUCUGUCCCAAGCAGACCCUGAACUCAUGAAUCUUCCUGCCCUUGUAAGCAGAAACAAAAAACUAAGCUGGGUGGUAUCUUCUUCCAUUACUCCUCCCUAAAUCUUUUUAUGUCUUCCAUAGUAUCUUCUGACAAGUUGUCUUUGAGUGCAGCUGCUUUUGUUUUUCUAGAUUUGUGAAGCCACUCAUGUAAUUCAUAUUGCCUUCUUAUAUUUUGCAUUGCUGAGAAAUUCUAUAUCUUUGGACUCAUGUCUUCAGGGUUGUUUCCCAUAGCCUUAAAGACUGUCCUGCUGGUCUUAGUAUUUACCAUUUUGCUGAGACAUUAGCUACACCUUUGACUCCUGGUUAAUUAUCAUGGAGUCAUUAAAAAUUAACAGAGAGGACAUUCCUUGAAGGAGGAACAUAUAUGUACAUUAUUAUACAAGCAAGCCUUAUGACCACAGCAGCCAUCAACACUUAUGGAGCCACAUGCUGUCCCUGUUUCAGGGAUGGGAACCGUGUCAGCCCAACCACAGCAACUUGUCUUAUUUCUGCCCACCUUCUGUCUCCCUCUGACUUGUCCCUCCCACUGUACUGCCUGCAGAAAAGAGCCAGCCUUUCAGAGAUAUCAACUGGGUUUCUUCCAACCCAAUAGGAGGAACAGGCAAGACCUCAGAGACAACCCCACUCUGACUGUCAGAAUGCACACAAAAACCCAAAGUCUACAACCAUAAUGUAUGCUGUGAACCUAAUACAGACUGCUUCUGGCUCCAUGAUUCCCGCUUCAGUCUCUGUGAAACACCAUAUGAUCCCUGCUUAAAUGAUUCCUCAGGCAGUUCUUUUGCAGUGUCCUCAACCCAUCUUGUUCUUAGAAUACUUUUUCCUUCUCUUCUGCAGGAUUCCCCAAGUUCCAAGGAAAAAACCUGAUGGAGACUUCCAACCUGGGUGCUCUGACUAAUGUUUGGCUGUGGGUUUGUACCUCCAUUUUCCACCAGCUUUCAGAGAAAGUUACUCUAUUGAGUGGACUAGGCAUGUAUCUCUUAGAAUACUAUGAUGGUGAAUAGGUAUGGCCCUCAUAGACUCAUGUGAUUGAAUUCUUGUCCCAUAAAGAGUGACACUAUUAGGAGAUGUGGGCUUUUGGGUUUCCUUGUUGUAGGAUGUGUGUCAUUGUGGGAGUGGGCUUUGAAUUCUGUACUCAAGCUAUGCCUAGAAACAAAAACUCCUGUUCAGUUUUACCAAUGAGGACUCAGGAACCAGAUAUCAUUGUAAAGCCUGCUAGCUCAAAGAAUCAAAGAAUUCACCCAACUGACCUUACUUCUCCACUGACAUCCCAGAUGGAAAAAGCUCUUUUGUUCCUUUUCCACCCUGUCUUAAAUACACUUCAAAAUUCUGCCUUUCUGUUUAUUUAUGUUCACUCCCUGCUAGCUUGUUGCUUGUUCUGUCUCUUCACUUAUGGUUGUAUUUAUUUGACUCUUGAAUUAAAGGUGUGUACUAGGGCUAAGCCACAAUACCAAAAGGGUUUUCCAGUUCACAAUCUUGGGGUUCAUAAUGUGAUAAAAUAUCCUGCAACAUUCCCACCUUUUAUCUAAAUAAAAGACUCUUUCUCUAACAUCAAUGAACUACAUAGUAUAUGGUAAGUAUUACGUUCAAAAUGACCAGUCCAUUUCUAUUUGCUAACUUUGAAGAACAUAGUCUGUCCUCUAUUAUUGUGAGUUCAACAUUUUGUAUCUAAAUAACAUUUUAUCAUAACUUCAUUUACCAACCUAAAAACAUAUUUUUGUGCCUUAAAACAUCAACUUAAGCUUAAUUAUGAGACUAUAGCUAACUGGUCUUUAACCCAUUAUAUACCUGAGAAGGGAAAUAUUUCCUGAAUAAACAGGAAGUGGAGAGCAAGCAGCUUCCAAACUAUAGAAAUGUUAGGGACAUCUGGCAGCUUGGCAGUCUCCAAAAAUUCCCCUGCAGCAUUGGACUAUUGGCCCAGAAUACCUUACAGAUUUCUCUGUGAACAAGAUAUAUAAAGGAUUUCUCUAUCUUGUCCUGGGAGAGUUCAGCAGUCUAAGUUGUGUCCUGCUUGUCCACAGUUUAGACAGUAUCCGAUCAGCAGUUGAGCCAAUGGUAGCAUGCCACAUUUGCAGCAAACUCCAUUAGGAGGUCCCUGAUGCUCAUCAUCAUCUUCAAAGUAGUACAGGGGUGCUACCAGGAGUUGAUCUUUCUAAUUGUCAAAAAUUAAUAAAAUAUCUUUUAACGCCAUAUUCUACAGAUUUCUAAUGUUUCUGAAGACCAUCUAACAGUUUCUGUAUAUUUGAAUAAGUAAAUGUUGUUUAUCUUUAGCUGUUUACUAUCUCAUUGACAUAGAAAAUAUCUAUGAUUAACUGAACUAGUACCUAACAAAUCCACAAGUGUGAAUGACUUAAGAGGACUGAAUUAUCUAGAGUGGGGCCGACUCCAUGACAGGCUGCAAAUUGGCAAUUUGUGAUACUAGGACUACAUUUUUCUUUUCCAGAUUAGAACAUGGAAACCAGAACCUAUGAUCAUCCAACCACAGCCAUGAGCCAAUCUGAGGACACUUUGUCAUCUGGCCUGAAGUAAGCAUAGGUACCUAAAAUGAUUAAGCAAAUCCCAUGGGAAGUCUCCAAAGCCUAACCAAUUGUAGAAUCAGUUACACCUGUAGAAAUAGAGCUAAUCAAUCAAGGUUAAAGGGCACAGAACCCUUCCUGGAAUUCCUCUAACUGACAAUCAAAGCUGGGCCUGUGAGUCUACUAAGGGUCUCCAUUCCCAAAUGCAGAGACCCCUGCAUGUAGGAAAUUCUUCUGAAUAAAUGCUCUUUGCUUUUGCAUACUA